GUUCCGAUCUAGAGGAACAACUUAAAGAGCCAAUUGUAGAGACCAACGAGGCGUUCUAUAGCAAUAAUGACUCCACAAAAAAGCAACUUGGGACAGAAGAUGGUUUUGUAGAUUACAACAAUAUCAAAAGUAAACUGAUGGAUUAUAGCGAGAAAAGCUAUGUGAAGACCUCCAAAAUAGCUGUGCAUAAUACAUGGGUAUGGGGACCUGCAAAACAAACCUCAGAUAUGAAUCAAAUAGGGACAUAUUUUGACCCAAAUUACGUUGAUGAGGAGCUAACUUUUGAUAAAUAUGGAAAGCAAAAGACAUUGUCAGAAAACUAUGUGGGUCUUAAAAAACGUUCGGUUAUAAAGAGGGAUCAUCAAAACAAAUGCACUCAACCGGAAAGUUUGGAAACUGCCAAAGUUGUCAUAAAUCAAGCAAAACACUUUACUUAUACUUCGCGGAUGAGAGGUAUAACGCUAGUAAGUCAACUUGGCAGGGACUUAAAGCAGGAUAAUCAAUUUAACAAUGAGCUUCAGACAGACCAAUGCUGCAAGCACAACAAUUUUAUGAAGCACGAGUCGAUUGAGUCGGCGACCUUAACUUCCGGGUAUUCAGCCUCAAAUAGAUUUUCCAAUGCUGCACUCUCCGACUCUUCCCAUUUCAUAAAUGAACCGCCAACUUUCGAUUGCGAGUCACGUUACUCAACGGGUAAUGUAAAUGAAAUUGUGGACAACUGGACUUGGUUUUUCAAAGGCAGAGAGAAAAGGGUCUUAGAAGCCAAGUUGAGAUGUGAAAUGAAAAAGCGCAAAGUCCAGCAGGGAGAGGGCAGGCAAACAGUGCGAAAACAUAGGCAUCGAAAACUUGACCAAUUGUAUUAUGCUCCGCGUCAGACAAAGCGUAUGGAAAGUAUUCUGUACCUUAAUGAGCUGGAAAGCUGUAAUCAUGUGGACGACAAUAAUACCUCUUUGCGGCUCAAAAAGAAAAGGCAAAACAAGCCGGCGUUGCCAAAGUGCCCGCGUUGCUGCAUUAAAGUCGCCUCUGUGCCACCAAAUUACGGCCAAUCAUUACCAAAUCUGGACUUUAGAAAUCCCACAGAUGAUAGUUCAGAGACACAACUAUUUCAUGAGAACGAGGCCGAACUAUGUGCACAUUGUGGCUAUGGACAUUCACAAGACAAGUCAUGUCUACCCGAAAUUUGUCUGGAGUAUAGUUGCAGCUCGAUAGAUACAAAUGGAAACUGUAAUAGACGAUGGCACCAUGCCGAUAUAUCAAGCAGUCUUGAAGAAAAUUGUCAGCUCGUGCCAAAUGAUGACUUUCCUAGCGCCAUGACUACAACUUCCUCGCAAAUUUUAAAGGAGCGGUUGCUUAAUGCAGGACGAGGGAAUAACCCUAUGCUCCUAUGCGUGCCGCAGCGGCAUGAUCGAUGUCGUUAUGCCUCAUCAGUUAGUCAUCUUUCAGCUUUAAUCUGAGCAUUCAUUAACUUACCUCAAAAUGGAUGUUAUUCUGGCUUGUGGAUAUAUCGCAAAACCUUUAAAUUGGAGCUAGUUGUUUCCUAAAUCUUUAAUAAUAAAUUAAGUACUUGUGUAGUAUGACAUUUUAAAAGUUUGUAUCCUUA